AACAUGGCAGCCUCCACUAUCUAACAACGUGUGUAUGCUGUGAACGAGAAGGUGUUAAACCAUAAACAAUAAGGCGCAUUGACUCCUUCAUCAUCGUAACCGUAUAGAUCCCGGCCUCUCGUCAGCCAUGAAGAACAAGUCCUCUCACCAUAAGGCGCAGAACACGUAUAAGUUUCUCACAUUUUCUGAAAGAUUAGCAAAUGUCAACAUCGACAUCAUCCAUCGCAUUGACAGGACCGAAAGCUUCUCAGAGGAUGUAGAGACGUAUUUUUAUGAAGGUUUACAGAAAUGGAGGGAUCUCAACCUGACAGAAAAUUUUGUUACAUUCUACAGGGAAGUAUCCAGCAAAUGCCAGUCAUUCCACCUGCUUGUUUACCACCAGAAUGCCAUAGUGCAAAGUUUGAAGACACACCUACAAGUGAAGAAUAGCCUGGCCUAUCAGCCUCUGCUCGAUCUGGUUGUACAGCUGGCUCGAGAUCUUCAGGCUGACUUCUACCCCCAUUUCCAAGAUUUCUUUAAAGCAAUUUCUGCCUUGCUUGACACAAAGGAUACUGAACAAAUAGAAUGGGCAUUUACAUCCUUAUCCUUCCUGUACAAAUACCUGUGGAGAAUGAUGGUGAAGGAUAUGCCAGCAAUAUACAGCUUAUACAGUACACUGUUGGCUCAUCAGAAAGAGCACAUCCGAAACUUUGCAGCAGAAAGCUUUGCAUUUUUAAUGAGGAAGGUGUCCGACUUGAAUGGACUAUUGAACUUCAUGUUCUUAGAUCUCAAGGAAAAUCCCCAGAAAGCUGAUGGUUUGGGGCAGCUGCUGUUUGAGAUGUGUAAAGGUGUCAGAAACAUGUUUCAUUCUUGUGCCACAAAGGCAAUGCCACUCAUUCUACAGAAGAUGGGACCAGUAACUGAGAAAGAGCAGUCCCUUCCCUGGAGGUUGGCAGGGGAGGUUUUUAAGCAAUUUGUACAGGCUGCUACAUCGUAUAUCCACAAAGAACAAUUUGAACUACUUUUUACUAAUAUUCAGAAUGCACUCAUGGAAGUGGCGGCAAAAAUUACCGCAGGUGACAGUACAGAAUGUUCUGAUCAAAUAGAGCGGAUAUUGGAAGCAUUAAAACUCUUGGUAGAACAUGGCCGUGGUUCAAAGGUUACCUAUCCAGAGCUUGUAUGCACGACCUUGACGGACGUGCUGCAAGUCCCGCACAUCUCAUUGUCUUGCUGUUCUAAACUUCUUUCCAUCAUUGCUGCUAUACUUCUCAGUGACAACAUCUCUCUGUCAGACUCUGAGAUCAGAGAAGCUGUUGAUAAGAUUCUUGAAAGUGGAAUUUCAAGGGGAUUACUUUUGGAGUUUUCCAAAAAGAUGUUCAAAAUGAGACAGUUCGAACAGCUUUUCCUUCCAAGCCUCCUUCAGUAUAUUGUACAGCUCUUUACUGAGGAUGAUAGCACAACUAGAAGUGACGCUCUCGCCAUUUUGACUAAGCUCAUUUUGGAAAAGGCCCAGCCCCCUGCUGUUGCUUCCCUGGCAUUUGAAAAAUAUCCUCUUGUGUUUAUGGAAAAGAAUAAGUUCGCAAAGGUGAAAAGUGGUGACAGCCUGCGGUCUCCAGUGCUAGACUACGUUUUACCUUUAGUGACCCUGUCUUCGCAUGAGGAUGUCCAUGAACUGUCUUAUUGUUGGUCUGCUCUAGUUGUUCUACCUCAUCUAAGACCAUUGGAGAAGGACAGAAUUACGCCAAUUUUAUCUCAAUUUAUAGAAAAGGUUUUUUCUCUGAUGGAUCAUACACAGUUUGCUCAAGUUCUGUUUGUAGCUUGCCAAGCUGUGAGUACUUUUCUCAGCCUUGAUGACUCUGCUGACAUCCUGCAGGUGCUGCCUAUGGAGCGAGUAAAAAACUUGUUACUCUCGGCCCCCACUGAUCCAUGUGCAUUAUUGCUGGCUGAUCUUUACUUUACUCGACUAGUUUUCUGCGGCUGCCAAGAGCAACUUUCUCAUGACCUCCAGAUGGAGUUAUUUUCCAAGUUACAAUUUAAUUUAUCAAGCAGCUUAUCCAAGGUUCGUCUGCUGACUAUACGGAUUUUAAAUCAUUUUUCUGAUCAGCCGCCUGCAAGUCCAGAGGAACCUAUAGAAGGGGAAACCUUCUCUAUAUUUUCUAUUCUUCUUCAAGCUGACCUUGUACCGGCUACUGUCCAUGGUUAUCGAGAAAAAUUGCUACAUCUUAGAAAGCUUAGAUAUGAUCUUGUACAAGCAGCAACAAAGGAAGAUUUUCAGGAGGUACCAUUGAGAUAUUUACUGGGGAUGCUUUUUGUGAACUUCAGUUCCCUCUGGGACCCAGUGAUUGAGCUUAUUGUUUCUCAUGCAAAUGAGAUGGAAAACAAAACUUUCUGGAAGGUGUUUUAUGAGCAUUUGGAAAAGUCUGCUACCCAUGCAGAAAGAGAACUUCAAGAUAUGCAGAAGAAUAAAUUACAGUGCAGCCAGGCAAAGGAUUUCCCUGCUUUUUAUGCAGGAGACAUUGGCGUUCUAUAUGGUGACAUGCUGAAAAGUAGAAGUAAUGUGAAAGAUAGGACUGAUUACACCAAUUUUCGGUUUCUGCUUUGGAAAGCUAUGUCACACUUCCCUGACAGGGUGGAACCACGGUCACGGGAACUAUCUCCUCUUCUCCUAAGAUUUAUAAGCAAUGAAUACUAUCCAGCAGACUUGUUAGUAGCUCCUUCCCAAGACCUUCGGAAGGUUGAUAAGGUAAAAGAUCGUGAUGGAGACAUUGCUGAAAGUGAAGCCAUGGAAGAAGAAGGUAACGCAGAACCUGAUGAGAUUGACAAUAUAGGACCACAGGCAAAGAAAACCAGAAGAGCUGCCUCAAAGCAGCUUAUUGCUCAUUUAGGAGUUUUCUCAAAGUUUUCUAAUCCGCGUGCAUUGUAUCUGGAACCCAAGUUGAAUGAACUCUAUACUCAGUUGUUAUGUCACCAAGAUGAGAAUGUACAAAGAGUUGCCUUGGAUUGUGUGCUGAGCUACAAACACCCUCAUAUUCUACCCUACAAGGAAAACUUGCAAAGGUUACUGGAUGAUAAAAAAUUUAAGGAGGAAAUUGUCCAUUUCAGCAUUUCAGAGGAGAGCUCUAUUGUUAAGCCUAUACAUCGAGCAGAUCUUAUUCCUCUGCUCAUGAGAAUAUUAUUUGGACGCAUGAGAAGCAAAACAGGCAGCAAAACACAGGGGAAGUCAUCUGCUGGCACGCGAAUGUCAAUUGUCCUCCGUUUCUUAGCUGGUUCUCAGUCUGAAGAGAUGAAGAUCUUCCUAGAUCUUCUGUAUGAGCCAGUGAGACAUCUUAAGGAUGGUAAUUGUCUAGCUCUGGUGCAGCAAUCUGUAGAACAGAUAGAUCUCGCUAAGGUUAUACCUCUUGGACGACAACACAGCUUAUUCAAUAGUUUGGAAUCAGUUCUAAAAAAUUUAGGGCACCUGAUCAGCCCAUACUUACCUGGGAUGCUUCAGAUUUUACUUUGCAUGACAGCCACUGUGUCUCACAUUCUUGAACAGAAGGAUAAGAUACAACUUAGGUUUAUUAAUAUACUUAAAAAUCUGAGGCGCCUGGGAAUGAAACGCAUAGUAGAAUUCUUCACAGAUUUUGACACUUACCCCUACUCUGCUGAGGAGACUGAUGCUGUAUUUUUUGCUGUGAUUUGGCCUCAGAUUCGCAGGCUUGCAUUGGAAAGUCAGCAUUAUCCUUCUUUUGCUCUAAGGCUGAUUCACAUUUGGAGCCAGUCUUCCAGGUUUUUUCCUUUACUUGCUAAGCAAAAGCCUGGACAGCCGGAGUUUGAUGUACUACAGAAUGCAUAUGCUCUGCUAUCUACUAAGAAUUUAUCUGACACAACUGCGGGUGUAAUCAUAGAUUUAACUAGUAAUCUGCUCAACAGCCCAGACUUUGAGGAAACAGAAAGUCUCUCUCCUUUGGUCGUCAAUGACUGUGUUGUCCAAGAAGCCACUGACGUCAAUGAUGAGUGCCCACCCUUUGGUGUGAAACUGGUAUUACCCCAUGUUCCUGUGCUUCUGAACUAUCUCUGUAAGAGCAUGCUAAAUGCAGAAAAAAUUAAAAAGAAGAAAUUUGGUGAACAAGUCAGCAAGGAGCUAAGCAUUCUUUCAAAGAUAAGCAAAUUUAUCAAAGACAAAGAGCAGAGUAACCAACUUAUAGGGCUCCUUAUAUCCUACUUGCAUAAAAGAAACUUGGCUCAGGACACAGAAGUGGACAUCCUGGAGACUGUGCAGAACUUGUUAAGACACUGCUUAAAACCCACCAAUUUCCUAAAGCCGCUAGCCAAACUAUUUGCAGUAGUUCAGAAUAAAUUAUCCCGACAGACCCUUUGUACUACAUUUCAGGUCCUCUCGGAACUUGAUCCUCAGUUAGCGUAUAUCACUGAUGUUGUUGUCAAGUUGAAUGCAUUUGAUCAGAGACAUUUGGAUGAUAUACACUUUGAUGUCAGAUUAACAGCUUUCCAAAAAGCAACUGCCUAUGUCAAAGAGAUGAAGUCCAUAGAUGUGAACUACAUUCUACCAAUUAUGCACAACUGCUUCUACACAAUACAGCUUGGUGAUAUGUCUUUGAGUGACAACGCAGGACUUUUCCUUACCAGUGUUAUGAAGCAGCUGGUAGCAGUAAAGCACAGAGAGGAAGAUUUCCGGGAGAUCAUUCUGCGCAUUUUGCUUGAGAGCUUAAAGACUGGCCUAAAAAGUAAAGUUGAGACUGUUCAACAAGAUUAUACUACAUUGCUGUCAAAUUUGAUCCGAACGUUUCCUGAGCAUCCAGAAUUCUCUGACUUUGUUCAAUUGACAGAUUACAAUGAUCCUGAAAUGGAUUUCUUUGAGAAUAUGAAACAUAUCCAGAUCCACAGGAGAGCACGAGCAUUGAGAAAACUAGCAAAAAAUUUAAGUGAAGGAAAUGUAGUGUUGUCCUCCAAAUCCCUGCAGAGUUACAUAAUGCCGUAUGCAACCAGCACUAUAUUUGAUGAGAAAAUGCAUAAGUAUGAACAUAUGGUCAAUGCUUCAGUGGAAAUGAUAGGCUCUGUGUGUAAACACUUAUCCUGGUCUGCAUACAUGUAUCAGUUAAAACACUUUAUUCAUGUGCUCCAAAUGGGACAGAUCAAUCAAAAACUGGGAGUCAGCUUACUGGUGACUGUGCUUGAUGCUUUUCACUUUGAUUAUGUAACAAUGGAGAAGCAACUUCAAGCAGCUGAGACGGAAGACAGUAAAGCUGGUAUAAAAGAUUCAGAGAACAAUAUGGAGGAUGAGUUAAUGGAGUUAGAGCAUGAAGAGGAGGAAGAGCAGAUGGACACUGAGAGUGGGACUCCCACCAAUAAGGAUAAUGAGGAGACUCCUUGUAAAAAGCAAGGCGACAGUCCCAAAAACAAGCAGAUCUUUAACUCUCUUCCAAAAAACAAAGAACAACUGGCAUCACUUAUCAGUCAUAUUCAAGAGACAGUGACAAAUAACAUAAUACCAAAGCUGCAGAAGUGUGUUGAUGCAAAGGUUAAAAGGGAGGAAGAGCACAAAUUGGUGAAAAGCAAAGUAGUUAAUGAAGAGGAAGUUGUUCGUGUCCCAAUAGCAUUUGCUGUAGUCAAAUUGAUGCAGACACUUCCACAAGAAAUGAUGGAAGCCCACUUACCCAGCAUCCUGUUAAAGGUGUGUGUUCUUCUGCGAAACAGAGCACAGGAAAUUCGUGACAUUGCAAGAAACACUCUGAUCAAGAUCAUAGAAACCCUUGGGCCAUGUUAUCUGCACUAUGUAUUAAAAGAGAUGCAGACAGUCUUAGUUAAAGGAUACCAGGUUCAUGUGUUGACGUUUACAGUAAAUCUUCUGCUAAAAGGCCUUGUUUCCAGGCUAAAGAGUGGAGACUUGGAUGGUUGCAUGGAAUCUCUUAUUCAGAUUUUUAACCAUGAACUGUUUGGGGACAUUGCGGAGGAAAAGGAAGUAAAAGGAAUAGUCUCUAAAGUGAUGGAAGCCCGAAGCAGCAAGAGCUAUGACUCGUAUGAACUUCUUGCACAGUUUAUUGGAAAAGAGCAUGUUAUAAAAUUGAUCCUUCCCUUAAAAGAGGUUUUAGAGAAGACCACAAGCUUAAAACUGGCUCGUAAAGUGCAUGAAGCUUUCCGCAGAAUUGUUUUUGGCCUAAUAGCCAAUAAAGACAUGACUGCACAGUCUAUCCUUCUGCUUAGUUAUGGUCUCAUAAGUGAAAACCUUCCUUUAUUGACUGAUAAAGAAAAGAAUAAAAACUCAGAAAUGCCUCCACCAGAUCCUCGCCUUCAACCAAAGAGCUGUUUUUUAAUUCAGCCGCCGCCUCCACGUGGUGGUGUAAAAGCUGCUGUUAGCACCAAAACUAACAUGCAUAUUCUUGUAGACACUGGACUAAAGCUUCUGCACAUGAGCUUGAGAAAAUCCAAAGUUAACUCUUCUGAAGAGCAUGCAUUGGAAAUGCUGGAUCCCUUUGUUGAGAUCCUGAUAGGAUGCCUGCAAUCCAAGCAUGUGCAAGUUAUCACUGGUGCUUUGCAGUCUCUUAUAUGCAUGCUGAAGUUUCCUUUACCAUCUAUCGAGAAGAACACAGAAGACCUGAUUAAACAACUUUUCCUUUUGCUGAAAGAUUAUGCUAAAGCAGGAGUAGCCAGAGGGCAGAAUUUCCACUUGGUAGUCAGUUGUUUUAAGGGUGUUACCAUACUGGUACGACAUAUGAAGGGAACCAUCACUGAGAAGCAGCUACAGGUGUUACUUGGAUAUGCAGAGGAGGAUCUUUAUGAUUCAUCACGUCAGGCCACUGCUUUUGGAUUGUUGAAAGCAAUAGUUUCCAGAAAACUUAUUGUUCCUGAGAUGGAUGAUGUCAUGCAGAAAGUAGCAAAGUUAGCAGUCACUUCCCAGAGUGAUCCGGUCAGAGUCCAGUGUCGUCAGAUAUACCUAAAGUAUUUGCUGGACUAUCCACUCGGAGAAAAGCUCAAACUUAACUUGGAAUUUAUAAUCGCACAAUUAAGUUAUGAAUAUGAAACUGGGCGGGAAUCUGCCUUGGAAAUGAUUGCAUAUCUGUUCCAGACUUUUCCAAUGGGAAUACUUAAUCAAUACUGUGGGCUUAUAUUUGUGCCCCUUGCUUUGCUGAUGGUGAACGACGAUUCAACAAAGUGUAAGAAAAUGGCAGCCUUGGCAGCAAAAGGCCUUCUAGGAAAAGUCGAUGUCCAGCAGAAGGACUUGAUGUUCUCACUGGUUACACAAUGGUUAAAUAAUGAAAAGUCCUCUCACAAGAGGUUGGGAGCUCUGGCCUGUGGAUUGUUUGUGGAAGUUGAAGGGGUUGAAUUUGAGCGCAGACUUAAACCAGUACUUUCAAAAAUUGAAAGUGAGAUUAACCCUAGUCACUUUGAGGACUUAAAGGAGGAGACCGAAGAAAAGGCAGCAGACAGAUUGCUGUUCAGCUUACUGACUCUGGUUACUAAGCUGAUAAAGGAGAGCAAUAUUUUGCUGCUACCAAAGUACAGAGACAUCACACAUAAAAUAUGUGCUCAUGUUCAGUCCCAUUUAUGGUACCCCCAUAGUUGGGUUUGGCUAACUUCUUCCCAGAUUUUUGGCCAGUUGUUUGCCCUUCAGAAACCAGAAGAACUGGUCAGUAAAUGGAUGACCAGGAAGACAAAGAAGAAAAGCCAAACAGAAACUCCUGAAUUGUUCUUGGAUGAUCAGCUGGAAACAAAGAUGAAAGACCUUGCUCUUGCCUUCUGCCACCAGUUGCAGUCAAAGUUUCUUGACCAGACCCUGGGGGAACAGGUCAUCAAGAACUUGUUGUUUGUCGCAAAAGUGAUUUAUCUCCUCCAUCCUGAAGCAGAGAACACCAAGAACAAUACUGAGGAGCAAGAUGAUGAUGAUGACCCGGCUGAGCAAGAGGAGGCUUCUGAAGAUGAGGAGGGCACUGAAAAAGAGACAGGACAGGAGAAAACUGCCACCUUGAUGUGGCUUAUGAAGAAGCUGUCCGUACUGGCCAAGAGAGAGGCAGCACGAUCGCCAAAGAAUCCAUUAAAAAGAAUAUGUGUAUUUAAAUUCUUGGGAGCAAUAGCAGUAGAUCUUGGAAAAGACCAAGUCAAGACGUUUCUGCCAACUAUCAUUACCCCACUGUUCAGAGAACUCAACAGCACAUAUUCAGACCAAGACCCUACACUGAAAAACCUUUCUCAAGAAAUAAUUGAGCUUCUGAAGAGCUUGGUUGGACUAGAGUGCUUCUCCUUGUCUUUUUCUUAUGUACAGAAACAAGCCAAUCUAAAGAGAGUUAUGAGGAAGAAGCAGAAAGCACUACAGGCGGUAGCAAAUCCUGAAGUGGCAGCAAAGAAGAAGCUAAAAAAACACAAGAACAAAAUUGAAGCUAAGAAGAGGAAAAUAGAAUUUCUGAGACCUGGAUACAAAGCCAAGAAGCCACGCAGUCAUGCUCUCAAAGACUUGGCAAUGGUGGAAUAAUAGUGGCUACAAUACAUAACAAACAUUGUUGUUAAAAGGGGGUUGUCAGAUGAUGAAACAUACUUUCUCAUGAAUGAACACAUCAGUAUCAGUUAUUUAACUACUUAACUACUUGUCUGCAGUUUUUCAACUUUACGUUCUGCUUUACGAACUGCUCUUAUUUAGCCUUACUUCCUGUCUGCUGUAAAAACUUUAAUUACUGCAAUGCAGUAACUUCCUGCAUACACUAUAGCUGGGAAUUCAGCCAACUCUGUCUCCCUCCCACUACACCUUAUUGACUAAAAACCUACCCACAUAAAGGGAGAGUGUGUUGGCUGCAUUCCUAGCUAUAGUGUACACAGGAAGAGGAAUUGCAUUACAGGAUUUACACCAAGCAGAUAUUUGGGCAACAGAGCAGACAGUUUGCAUCUAAAACAGAAGGAACACAUAAAAGACCACAGAAAGGUAGUUAAAUAAACACUUUUUCUUAACCAAUAUAUGUUUGACAGUUGAAAAUAGGUUUCAUCGCUGGACAGUCUCUAUAAAGGGGUACUCUGGCCCUAAGACAUCUUAUCCCCUAUCCAAAGGAUAGGGGAUAAGAUGCCUGAUCAUGGGGGUCCCGCUCAAGAUACUCUGGCCCCGUGAUCGUGACAUCACAUGGGGCGGAGCCGUGAUAUCACAAUACUCUGGCCCCGUGAUCGUGAUUAACCCCUACAGGACCCAUGACGUACCGGUACGUCAUGAGUCCGCUCGCUUUCUAUAACGCGGGGCCACCGCCUGGCCCCCCACAUCAUAGCGGGUCGGGCCAGGCCUCUAACAAUAGCGCCCGGCCUCUAACAAUGUAAUAGCGCGCUAUUAACCCUUUAGACGCGGCGUUCAAAGUUGAACUUCGCGUCUAAAGUUAAAGUAAAUAAUUGCCGGUUAGCUCAGGGAGAUGUUUGGGAUGUCCGCAUCAAAAUCACGGCAUCCCGAACAGCUGUGAUACAGCAGGAGGGUCCCUUACCUUGCAUCCUGGUGUCCGAUCGCCGAAUGACUGUUCAGUGCCUGAGAUCAAGGCAUGAGCAGUCAAGCGGCAGAAUCAUUGAUCACUGGUUUCCUAUGACAAACCAUUGAUCAAUGUAAAAGAUCAGUGUGUGCAGUGUUAUAGUCCCCUAUGGGAGCUAUAACAUUGGGAAAAAAAGUGAAUAAAGAUCAUUUAACACCUUCCCUAAUAAAAGUUUGACUCGCCCCCCUUUUCCCAUUUAAAAAAAAAAGUGUAAAUAAACGUGUUAUCACCGUGUGCAGAAAUGUCUGAAUUAUAGAAAUAUAUUGUUAAUUAACAAUAAGUCCUAUGAAUACAAAAAUGGUAGCGCUAAAAACUUCAGAUCACAGUGCAAAAAAUGAGCCCUCACACCGCCCCAUACGCAGACAAAUAAAAAAGUUAUAGGGGUCAGAAUAUGACAAUUUUAAACCUAUACAUUUUCCUGCAUGUAGUUAUGAUUUUUUUUCAGAAGUACGACAAAAUCAAACCUAUAUAAGUAGGGUAUCAUUUUAAUCUUAUGGACCUACAGAAUAAAGAGAAGGUGUAAUUUUUACCAAAGAAUACACUGCGUAGAAACGGAAGCCCCCAAAAUUUACAAAAUGGUGUUUUGUUUUUUUUAUUUUGUCUCACAAUGAUUUUUUUUUCCAGUUUCGCCGUAGAUUUUUGGGUAAAAUGACUGACGUCAUUACAAAGUAGAAUUGGUGGCGCAAAAAAUAAGCCAACAUAUGGAUUUUUAGGUGCAAAAUUGAAAGAGUUAUGAUUUUUUUUAAAGGUAAGGAGGAAAAAACAAAAAUGCAAAAACUGAAAAACCCCCGGGGAUAAAGGGGUUAAUCAGACCCGGAGUGAUGAUCGCUCCAGAGGCUGAUGAUAGCGGGGUGCUGCAUGAAAGAUUGCAGGGGUCCCCAGCGGCAGGACCUUUGGAUAGGGGAUAAGAUGUCUUAGGGCCGGAGUACCCCUUUAAUGCUGUGGGGGCACAUAUAAGAAUAAAUAAGGACAGUUGUCUUUCUUUUAGAAGAAAACGGAUUUCUAAGGGCAAUACCGUUUGUUUGUCUUAUGAGCUAAAUUCUAUAUGUGGCUCCAGGUGUUUUUUGCUGCCAUGUAAAAUAGAUGUGAAGUACAGUUUAAUGUACACACUUACGUUUUCUAAUUAAAAACAUUGUAAUUGAAAGUUUGUCAUUAUUAUGCAUUUAAAUAAAGUAGUUCUAUAUUUCUGUCA